UGUAAAUAUUAAAAAAUUUAGUUUUUAAAAGGAAAAUAUUAAAAAUAUGAACGUGAGUUCGGAAUAUAAGCCUGUAUUAACAAAAGCCGCUUUGGCAUUGCAAAAUAAACAAAAGGAAUUUAAAGCUUUGGUGUUUGAAGAACCUAAAGGACCCAUAACACCUCCGGAGGAGACCACUGCCAACAAAUUUAUAAAGAAGAAAUCUUUUGGUAAAACAGAGCCGGAGGAAGACAAUGAGUUUGAUAUUAAGAAAGCUCGUCAUGAAGUCUUAAAUUUCGCAAUGAACAAUCAGCGAGUUCAAAAAAAUCAAAAGAAAAUGCUAAUUUACCAAAUGGUUAAAUUGGGUGCCAAACCACCAAAGAAGGCCUACAAAAACUAUAAAGAUUUAUUAGAUGAACGCAAAAGACUGAAAGACAUAAGAGAGGAAAGAAAAAAGUUCCACCAGCUGGGUAAAAAUCAAACGGGAGCUGCUUCGGUCAAGUGUCGCAGUAAAACAAAAAUGGAUAAACAAGCUAAGAAGAGGGCACCGGUGGCUGCUAUAGAUCAGCAUUAUGGUGUGGUUAAGCCUAAAUUUAAAAAGAGGAAAUAAGUUAAUUAAGUUUUUCUAAAUAAAUGUUUAUAAAAAUAAUAAAA